AUUUUGUUGAUCCAAGAGCAUCUCCAACGCUAAACACUAAACUCUCAACGGGACGCAUUGUCGUUCCAUAUCCGCAAAUAUUUUAUAAAACUUUUUAUAAAGUUUUAGGGUUUUGAAGAAGUUGAAAAUAAUGGAUGGGAGUGACAUAUAUAAAGCUAGUAGUAGUAUAAGGUUAGGAAGUGGAAGAACAACAACAAGUUUAAGAUCUGGAAGUAAUUCUGCAUGGAGGAAUUCUGGUAUGGAGGUUUUUUCGAAAUCUUCACGUGAAGAAGAUGAUGAAGAGGCUCUUAAAUGGGCUUCACUUGAGAAGUUGCCAACUUUUGAUAGGUUGAAGAAAGGGUUGUUGUUUGGAUCAAGUGGACCGUCGAAUGAAAUCGAUAUCGAUAGUCUUGGAUUUGAUCAGAGAAAGCAUUUGCUUGAUAGACUUGUGAAGGUGGCUGAUGAAGAUAAUGAGAAGUUUUUGUUGAAGCUAAGGAACAGGAUUGACAGGGUUGGAAUUGAUUUGCCAACAAUUGAAGUUAGAUUUGAGCAUAUGACAGUUGAGGCAGAUGUGAACACAGGAAGCAGAGCUUUGCCUAGUUUCAUAAAUUUCCACAUUGAUAUAUUUGAGGGAUUCUUGAACAAAUUCCAUCUACUUCCAAAUUCAAAAAGGCAUAUAACCAUUCUUGAUGAUGUUAGUGGUGUUGUUAAACCUAGCAGAAUGACAUUAUUGUUGGGUCCACCAAGUUCUGGGAAGACAACACUCUUAUUAGCCUUAGCUGGCAAGUUGGCCAAGGAGCUUAAGAGCUCAGGGAAGGUGACAUAUAACGGCCAUGAAAUGAACGAAUUCGUCCCGGAAAGAACAUCGGCUUAUAUCAGUCAAAACGACGUCCAUAUUGGAGAAUUAACGGUCAGAGAAACCUUAGCCUUCUCUGCUCGAUGCCAAGGGGUUGGAUCACGCUACGAAAUGUUGGCAGAGCUAGCAAGAAGGGAGAAAGAUGCAAACAUUAAGCCCGAUCCUGAUAUCGAUAUCUACAUGAAGGCUGCAGCAUCAGCAGGACAAGAAGCUAGUGUUGUAACAGAUUACACUCUGAAGUUAUUGGGGUUGGAUGUUUGUGCCGAUACAAUGGUAGGGGAUCAAAUGAUAAGAGGUAUAUCCGGCGGUCAAAAGAAGCGUGUGACAACCGGCGAAAUGAUUGUGGGGCCCUCAAAGGUUCUUCUUAUGGACGAAAUAUCAACGGGUUUGGACAGUUCUACGACUUUCCAGAUUGUGAGAUCACUUAAACAGUUUCUUCAUAUUCUUGAAGGAACUGCAGUUAUUUCUCUCCUCCAGCCCGCACCCGAAACAUAUGAUUUGUUUGAUGACAUUGUCCUUCUAACCGAUGGGAAGAUCGUGUAUCAAGGCCCGCGUGAAAACGUUCUUGAGUUUUUUGAAUCUAUGGGGUUCAAAUGUCCAGAGAGGAAAGGUGUUGCUGACUUCUUGCAAGAAGUGACAUCAAAGAAAGAUCAACAACAAUAUUGGAUUAGAAGAGAUCAGGCGUAUAGAUUCGUGACAGCUAAGGAAUUCGCUAACGCGUAUGGAUCAUUUCAUGUUGGAAGGAAACUAGGAAACGAUUUAGCGACCCCGUUUGAGAAAAGCAAAAGCCACCCUGCUGCUCUAACAACCGAAAAAUUCGGUUUAAAUAAAAAGGAACUCUUGAAGGCUUGUGUUGAUAGAGAAAUAUUGCUUAUGAAGAGAAACUCAUUUGUUUAUAUCUUCAAAUUGUUCCAACUAUCUGUGAUGUCGUUAAUCACUUUGACCGUGUUCUUCCGAACUGAGAUGCAUAGAAGUAACACGGAAGAGGGUGGGAUAUACGUGGGUGCGCUUUUUUUCGGUGUAGUUAUGGUCAUGUUUAACGGGAUGUCUGAAAUCUCAAUGACAAUCGCAAAGCUUCCUGUAUUCUACAAACAAAGGGAUUUCCUAUUUUACCCUUCGUGGGCGUACGCUUUACCAACAUGGGUCGUUAAGAUUCCGGUUUCAUUUCUUGAAGCUGGCCUUUGGACAGUAUUGACUUAUUAUGUUGUCGGGUUUGAUCCUAAUGUUGUAAGAUUCUUCAAGCAAUACCUUCUGCUCUUACUUGUUAACCAAACGGCUUCUGCAUUGUUUCGGUUCAUUGGAGCAUUGGGUCGAAACAUGAUUGUUGCUAACACGUUUGGUUCAUUCGCACUUCUAUUAGUUUUUGCUUUGGGUGGCUUUGUUCUUGUCCGCGAGGAUGUAAAGAAAUGGUGGUUAUGGGGAUACUGGUCAUCUCCUAUGAUGUAUGCGAUGAACGGAAUUACUGUGAACGAGUUUCUUGGGCAUCAAUGGAGGACGCCAACGAAUGGUACAACGCUCGGGAGAGUGAUUAUCAAAUCGGGAGGAUUCUUUGCGGAAAACUACUGGUAUUGGAUUGCAGUUGCAGCUUUGGUCGGAUACAUUUUCGUCUUCAACAUAUGUUUUAAUCUGUCUCUAGCUUUUCUUGAUCCUUUUGGGAAAGCGCAAUCUAAUGUAUCGGCACAAAAUGAUAGCGAUACGCAAGACGUUGAAAUGACAUCCACAACAACAGGUGAUCAUGCCGGUCAAGCCAAGAAAAAAGGGAUGAUCCUUCCGUUUGAACCACAUUCAAUUACGUUUAAUGAUGUCAAGUACUCGGUUGAUAUGCCACAGGAAAUGAAAGAGCAAGGUGUGAAUGAAGAUAGAUUAUUGCUACUCAAGGGUGUGAGUGGAGCUUUUCGACCCGGUGUUCUUACAGCUCUUAUGGGGGUUAGUGGCGCCGGAAAAACUACUCUAAUGGACGUGCUGGCGGGUAGAAAAACCGGUGGUUAUACAGAAGGUGAUGUUAGGAUUUCUGGGUACACGAAAAAACAAGAAACCUUCGCUCGAAUAUCUGGUUAUUGCGAGCAAAACGAUAUCCACUCUCCUCAUGUUACUGUUUACGAAUCCUUACUUUACUCAGCAUGGCUAAGGCUGGCUUCAGAUGUUGAUGAAAGAACUCGAAAGGGUUUUGUUGAUGAGGUUAUGGACCUUGUGGAACUAAACCCGUUAAGGGAUGCACUAGUCGGGUUACCAGGUGUUAAUGGACUCUCAACCGAACAAAGAAAGAGGUUGACCAUAGCUGUCGAGCUGGUAGCCAAUCCGUCUAUAAUCUUUAUGGAUGAGCCAACCUCAGGGCUAGAUGCACGAGCCGCUGCCAUUGUGAUGAGGACCGUUAGGAACACUGUGGACACAGGACGAACCGUUGUGUGCACCAUUCAUCAACCUAGCAUAGAUAUCUUUGAAGCUUUUGAUGAGUUGUUCUUGAUGAAACGAGGCGGACAAGAGAUAUAUGUUGGCCCCGUUGGUCGCCAAUCUUGUGAGUUGAUCAAGUAUUUUGAGGCUAUAGAUGGUGUAAGCAAGAUAAAAGACGGAUAUAACCCUGCGACGUGGAUGUUGGAAGUCAGCACUUCCGCUCAAGAAAUCGCUUUAGGGGUUGAUUUUACCGAAAUCUAUCAUAAUUCGGACUUGUACAGGAGAAACAAAGACCUAAUUGCUGAAUUGAGUGUACCUCGUCCCGGUACAAAAGAUCUUUAUUUCCCAACACAAUACUCGCAACCAUUUGUGGUCCAAUGCAUAGCUUGUUUAUGGAAACAACGAUGGUCGUACUGGCGGAACCCGCCAUACACGGCAGUCCGUUUCGCCUUCACCACCUUCAUCGCCAUCAUGUUUGGAACCAUGUUUUGGGAUCUUGGUGGUAAAAGGUCGACGCAACGAGAUUUGAUCAACGCGAUGGGAUCAAUGUACGCGGCGACGCUGUUUCUUGGAGUCCAAAACGCGUCGUCGGUGCAGCCGGUUGUGAGUGUGGAACGCACUGUGUUUUAUAGAGAACGAGCUGCUGGAAUGUAUUCGGCUUUGCCAUACGCCUUUGCUCAGAUCUUAGUUGAAAUUCCUUACAUUUUUUUUCAAACCGGAGUAUAUUGUCUUAUAGUGUACGCGAUGAUUGGGUUUGAAUGGACCGCAGAAAAAUUCUUCUGGUACUUAUUCUUCCAGUUUUGUUGUUUACUCUACAUGACAUAUUAUGGUAUGAUGACCGUCGCCGUUACACCAAACGCUCACAUUGCCGCCAUCAUAGCCGCCUCAUUUUAUGGAAUCUUCAACCUCUUUUCGGGAUUCAUUGUUCCAAGACCUAGUAUUCCUGUCUGGUGGAGAUGGUAUUACUGGGGGAACCCGCUGGCUUGGACCAUCUAUGGCAUGGUUGCAUCACAAUUCGGGGAUUAUGAUGACUUGCUCAGAAAUGGUGAGACCGUCAAGGGUUACUUGGACCGAUACUAUGGUUACAAGCAUGAUUUCCUUGGAGCCGUUGCAGGAGUGCAUAUCGGGCUAGUUAUAGUUUUCGGGUUCAUCUUUGCGUACUGUAUUCGGGCCUUUAAUUUCCAGAAGAGAUAAGUAUAAAGGAUGAUGUUUUCGUAUUCUUUUUUAUAAAAUAAAUGUUCACUUAAACCAAGUUAUUUAAUUAAAUAGUUGCAAAACAUGUAUUUAUUAAUUUGAUUUUGUAUCUAAGAUAAUGUUAUGUGUCAUUCUCAAAUUUAUAUAUUUAUAUAUUAUCAAUUAAUAAUAUGUUUGUGCUAUGUG